CAGACAGUGCCAGGCCUGCGGGGGUGCUGCUCCAAGGGUCUGCAGGGAUCGCAGGGCCAGGCCGUGCCGUCUGGAGCAGCUAAUAGGAAACAUGUUAGCUGUACACUUCGACGAGCCAGGAGGGCCAGAAAACCUCUACCUGAAGGAAGUGGCCAAGCCCAGCCCAGGAGAGGGAGAGGUGCUCCUGAAGGUGGUGGCCAGUGCCCUGAACCGGGCGGACAUACUCCAGAGACGGGGCCAGUAUCCUCCUCCCCCGGGAGCCAGCACCAUCCUGGGAGUUGAGGCAUCCGGACACGUGGUGGAGCUGGGGCCUGGAUGCCAGGGGCGCUGGAAGAUUGGGGACCCAGCCAUGGCUCUGCUGUCCGGUGGGGGUCAGGCUCAGUACGUCACUGUCCCUGAAGGGUUCCUCAUGCCCAUCCCAGCAGGACUGACCAUGCCCCAGGCUGCAGCCAUCCCGGAGGCCUGGCUCACCGCCUUCCAGCUGUUACAUCUUGUGGGAAAUGUUCAGGCCGGAGACUCUGUGCUGAUCCACGCAGGACUCAGCGGGGUGGGCACAGCGGCCAUCCAACUCACCCGGUUAGCUGGAGCUAUUCCUCUGGUCACAGCUGGCUCCCAGGACAAGAUUCAAAUGGCAGAAAAACUCGGAGCAGCUGUUGGAUUUAAUUACAAAGAAGAGGAUUUUUCUGAAGCAGCAAUGAAAUUCACCGAAGGUGCUGGAGUCAACCUUAUUCUAGACUGCAUAGGAGGAUCCCACUGGGAGAAAAAUGUCAACUGCCUGGCUGUUGAUGGUCGCUGGGUUCUCUAUGGCCUGAUGGGAGGAAACGAAGUCAAUGGGCCUCUACUUUCAAAACUGCUUUUUAAACGAGGAAGUCUGAUCGGCAGUCUGCUGAGAUCUAGGGACAGAAAGUACAAGCAAUCGCUGGUGAAGGCUUUUACAGAACAAGUUGUGCCCCACUUCUCCACGGAGAGUACCCACCGACUACGGCCGGUUGUGGACCGAGUCUACCCCGUGGCUGAAAUCCAAGAGGCCCAUAAGUACAUGGAGAGUAAUCAGAACGUGGGCAAAAUCGUCCUGGAGCUGCCCCAGUGAAGGAGCACAGUACAGGGAACGGGUACCUCAGGCCUUUGCAGAGCAAGCUUGUUGAAAAUUCAUUGUACGCAGACAAGAGGCCAGAGGCUACCCCAGGCCCACAUGUAACCCUCUGGGCCUUCCUGGGCCCCGUCAAUCAAUUCAUGUAAAGCUGUCCUAAGGAAAUAAAGAGUGCACUUGAAGGGUAGCCGGCUCAGGACCGGCGGU